AUGGCUCCUUCAGACCACUCUCUGUCACUUAAGAGACUUCCUUCGAGGGACAAUCCCAGUUCCGGUAUCUCUUUCACAGAUAGCCACCCACAACCUCCAGCUACACCCAAAGGUCUCACGCCCCUAACGUCCAAAGUGACUAGCGUUCUCUCGACAACACACUCCGAUGCUGAGUUUCGGGAUGCGCUGUCUCUUCUUGACGAACGUGGGGUUCGCAACGAUGCCGAAAGUCGCCGGCGUGUUCGCUUGGACUUGCAGAGAGAAGUCAUUGAUAGCAACGGUGAAGUCAUUGCCGAAUUUGGGCGUGUAGCAGAGCAACUUAGACGAAUCAAAACAACCAUCGACAAGCUCAACAAUGGAUACGAAACAAUGAAGAGCCAAGUUGUCGAGGCUCACAGGCAGACCUUGCCGGCACUCUCUGAGUCAUCUUCUCUACUGGAGCAGAAAAGACAAGUGGAGGUCAAGCAGGAGCUUCUCGGAGCUUUCAGGAAACAUUUCAUUAUGUCUGACAAUGAAGUCGCCGCCUUGACGCAGACGGCCGAACCGGUAGAUGACCUGUAUUUUGACGCCUUGAGCAAAGCGAAAAAGAUUAGCAAGGACUGCGAGAUCCUACUCGGUUUUGAGAAACAGACGCUAGGACUGGAGCUUAUGGAACAAACGUCAAAGAACAUCAACCUUGGCUUCCAGAAACUUUACAAGUGGAUUCAGCGAGAGUUCAAGACCUUGAAUCUUGAGAAUCCGCAAAUGAACUCUUCAAUCCGCCGAGCGCUUCGGGUUCUUGCUGAGCGGCCAUCGCUUUUCCAGAACUGCCUCGAUUUCUUCUCCGAGGCUCGAGAAAGAAUCCUUUCAGACUCAUUCUAUACUGCGCUGACCGGUACCUCACCGUCAGGAGCUGAGGAUCCGUCUGUCAAACCAAUCGAUAUGCUGGCGCAUGACCCAUUGCGCUAUGUUGGAGACAUGUUAGCCUGGAUUCAUUCGGCUACUGUUAGUGAACGUGAGGCGCUCGAAGUUCUCUUUGUUGCAGAGGGAGAAGAACUGGCCAAGGGGCUCAAGUCCGGACGAGAUGCCGAGAUAUGGCGUCUCGCCGCCGAAGACGACGAGGCUGAAGCCGACUUUAAUGCGCUCAAGGCACUUAAUGAUCUGGUAGAUCGUGACAUAUCUGGCGCCGCUCGUGUGCUUCGUCAACGGAUGGAACAGGUAAUCCAAGCCAACGAGGACACCAUACCGGCCUACAAACUUGCAAACCUCAUCAACUUUUACCGCAUUACUUUCCAGAAAACACUUGGCCCCAAUUCUAACUUGGUAGACUUAAUCGGAGGUUUGGAAACUGAAGCGCUACGGCAAUUCCGAGCCCUUGUAAGAGACCACAUCGCAACUCUACAGGGUGAAUUUCAACAUGCUCCGUCCGACCUUGGGCCACCCAGUUUUCUACAGGACUCGCUCAAGCAAUUCAAGGCUAUAGCGAAAACCUACGACUCUUCGUUAUCUGCUUCAGAAGAUCGUGAAAGUGAGUUCGAGAAUGUGUUGACAGAGGCUUUCGAACCAUUCAUGGCUGGCUGUGAGAACAUGGUCAAAAAUAUGAGCACGCAGAAUGGCGGGAUCUUUCUUAUCAACUGCUUGUCUUCUGCAGUGGCAUGUCUAGAGCCAUUCGAAUUUACGCAACGGAGAACAAAGCAGCUACGUGAGAAAUCAGAUGAGCAAUCCAAAGGGCUUGUUACCAGUCAGUACCAGUUCUUUCGAAGGGGCUCGGGGCUGGACACCAUCUUUUCAAAAUUGGAGGAGGACGGUGACAAAAAUGCCAUAUCCUUGGAUGAGAAAGCUUUGGCUCAGGCAAGCCAAGUAUUGGACGACUUUCUCCCAUCGGCACUCAUGGAUGCUAUGGACAACUUGAAACAUCUCCAAGACUCUAAACUAGCACGGCAAAUUACUGAGGAAGCGGCUGAACAGUUUUGCAACGACUUUGAGCAGCUAGAGGAAGCUAUAACGGAAGGUGAUAGCGAAUCCGUGGACUCGGAAGAAGACGAAGGGCUGCGGUCUAUCUUCCCCCGAACAACGGCAGAAAUCCGCGUCCUGCUUUCCUAA